AUGCCAAUAAAAGAUUUUUGCACUUUUGCUUGCCAUUCACUAGGACCUAUGAAAGGAAAACCAGAAAGUUUAUUGGAACGAACUUUUAUUAUUUUCGCUGCUCCUUAUGCCUGUUUUCUGAAAAAUAGACAUUGUUAUGCUCUUCCAGAAGUAACAUAUGAAAAUUUAAUAUCAAAACCAGAAGAAACUAUUGGUGCAGUUUUUGAUGUUUGUGGUAUUUCAAAAUCACUAAUUCCAGAAGCACUGACUGCACUGAAUAGAGAUUCUCAAGCUGGAACUCUUUUAAGCAGAGAUAAAAUGGCACAAAUUAAAAGUCUUGAACUUAGCAAGUUGGAUCGAAAAAGACUAAAUGAAAUAGCAAAAAGAAUGGAAUUACCUGAAUCUAUAUUCUAUUUUUAA